CCGCCGGUCAUCUUCAUUAUUGUUUUGACGUUUCUUUUCGAUUUUACUAAAAACACUAUUUUUGUCGAGAGAACAAACGAAAAGAUGAAGGAAGAAGAAGAGGAGCAAUGCAAAAGAAACCGAGAGGCUUUCAAGAGGUUCUUCGAGCACAUACCCAGGACCGCUUUGAUCGGCGUGCUUUCCUAUCUCCUCCACGACAGGUUGAGUGUCUACGAGACAGACCCAAGCAAGCCUUUCUCCACUGCUCUUGCCUACGCCUCCGCUGCCUACAUCUUCUUUCAGGUCGCACACGCCUUUGCUCGCGCUACUCAUCCUCCUCCUUGUUUCUUCUUCGACUUCCUCUCUCUUCUCUGUGGACUCGCCGUCGUUUGCAUUGCCUUUGCUGCUUUCUUCCACAUCUGAACUCAAGAGUUCUAAAUACAUACUAAUAAUCCUCUUAUGGUUGAUAUGUCUGAGAGAGUCAUUUCACUUUUUUAAUUUCUUGUA